UUGGCAUGCCGGCCAUGGAAACGCCUUUGAAGUACUUGCUGCUGUUCACCGGCUUUUCUGCCUGCGCGCAGUUUGACUCAGGCGCCUUGGCUGCGUUCGAAAAUUACUUGACGAAAGACCUGCAGCUCACAACGAAGGAUGUCGGUACCAUCAAUGCAAUGGAAUAUAUCGUCCUUCCCCUAGCAUCUCCACUGAUUCCCUGGCUGCUACGAUGUUGGCAGGUGAAACAUGUCCUCCUGAUUUGCUUGAUUGGCAAUAUGCUGGGAGUCUUCAUGCUGGCCCUGGCACCAAUGGCACACGAGAAAUCGGAAGCAACCUUGCGUACGCUGAUGUUGGCCUCAAGGACCGUUUCUGGGCUUUGCCAUGCAGGCAUCGUUUAUGGCAGCGUCUGGGUGGAUUUGUAUGCGCCCAAAGAGUCCGCGGCCUCGUGGCUGGGUGCCAUGCAGGCGAGCUCCCUCAUCGGACUUGUCAUUGGCUACACAGUGGCAGGCUAUUGGGGCGACUGGUCUCCAGUUUUCUACAUCAACCUCGUAUGGUUUGCGGGCACUCUGGUGGGUGUGGUCGUGAUGCCUAGAACCUUUCUUGGUGAAGUCGGUCGUCGAAACUCCAAUCAGCGCCUGUCGUUCCUGAUCUCCACACCUGGUGGAAGCUUCAUGGGACCUGGCGAGGAAGGCGGUGAAGCCGCUGUGCCGGCGCCUCAAGCUGAAGCCGGUGAAGAGCCACAGAGGCCACUACGACCACGCACGUCAGUAGAGGAGGUGAUAGAAGAAAGCCUCCUUUUGUACAUAUUGCUGGCUUUAUGUGUCUCUUCGCUGUUCUUCGUCUCCGGUGGUUUGCAGUUUUGGGCCACGCCGUACAUGGAACAGCUCUGGAGGGAAACAUCGGGUACUUGUGCCUCGGACGAGGAAGCGGAACGGGUCCAUAAGAUGGUGGUCUCCUUGGUAGCUCUGACGACUUUGACGGCGCCCACCUUUGGAGUCUAUCUCGGUGGAACAGUUGUUGACUCUCUGGGUGGCCACAAGACAGCGCCCAGAGCCACCUUGAUCUUCCUGGUCGUUGGUGCUGCUGUAGCCAAUUGCUGCGGCCUUAUCGCAUGCUUCUGCCCAAUGUUCUGGCCGGCAGUUCUCGGAUUCUGGGCUUUCAACAUGGCCGGCGCUGCUCUAAUGCCUGGAGCUUUUGGCCUCAUGCUCUCUGCCGUCCCAAGUCGGAGGAGGGCCUUAGCCUCUGCCAUGGCUCAGCUUCCCAUCAAUCUGCUGGGAAUGGCUGGUGGUGCCUUCAUUCCUGGUUGGAUAGCUGGCUGCGAGCCUCCAGAGAAAGUGCUCCCGUGCAGUGCAGGCUGUGAUUAUGCUGUGGGCUUGCGCACCCUGCUGUUUGGUCCAGGCGUUGGCAUCGUGCUGCUGUUCUUCUCCUUCCUGCUGGUCAAGAACACAACUGUGUCAACUGAAUCACAGUCCGAGUCCACGGAACUCAGCAGCAGCAUUCCAUCGCGGAGGGCCAAGCGAUGCUCGCUCUGGAAGGGGCCUGGGAACUGCCCAUGA